AGUUCGUCUGUAUUUUUUUCUUUUAUUUAAUUUCCUAAACCUAAGUAGGUUUAAUUAAUGUUCUGGCAGAACCAACCGCGACAGCAGUGCCUUUCACCAUUUCAGAUAUCCUUGUUUGACUAUAAAGUUUGACGGAAUACAAUAUAUACUCUUUGGUCUUGAUAUGGCAUCCCUAUAGAUGGUACGCUCACCGCCCGCUCAUUACAUUUAAAAUUCGGCCGUUUUCAUUUUAACCGUCGCUGUUGGCUGUUUGAUAUUUAUGUAAUUGUGCUGUAUUUAAUAUAAGAAAAAUAGCGUUUUUCGAUGGAUUAGCAGUGAUAUUUUUUAUGUGCAUAGUGUGUAGCGACACUAACUUGAGAUUGAUUGUGAAUUUUAUUUUUCGUAAGUAUAGGAAGUCAUGUCUUCGGUUAAUGAAAGACUUGCCAAGUUGAGGGAAGAAAGAAAAGCGAGAGAGGAGGAGAGAAUUAGAAAGUUAAGGGAGCUUAAUUUGAAGAAAUAUAACAGUUUUGACUUGAAUUCAGAUUCGGUGACUAAAAAUGGUGUGUCUAAUUCAGUUAAGAAUAAACCCCGUGUUUUAUCUGCAGCUAGAGGAUCUUUUUCAAGUCUGGCAAGUAAACCUUCCACUAGUAAAGAUGUGGCUUCCAACAGUAGACAAGAAGCAUUGAAUAUAAAACGCCAAAAAAGUACUGAAAUUAAGCCAAAAAACAGUACUUCCAAUGGAAAUCAUGUUGAAACUAAACAUAUUUUACAAAAGGCUAAUUCUAAUUUUGAACGGAGCGUAAGCAAAUCUUUUGAUUACUCAAGCGCAGCAACGAAGAAUCUCUCUGAUUUGAAUAAGAGCAAUGUACAUAUUAAAAACACAAAUGCAAGACUUUCUACAGUCCCAAGACCUAUAAAAAAACCUGCUGUGUAUAAUAAUGGUCCAUCAACCAGUAAAACAGAAGUCACUGCUGCUCCUACGCAGAGUAAUAAUGCAGUUGAGUCAAAGGACAAUUCACAUGAUAAAUGUACUGAAAGUGAACAACCAUCAAAUAAACCAAAUGGUGGAAAACCGGAGCUGGUGGAAAAUAUUGCAGAUAAUUUGCCCCACACAAGUAAUAGUACUGAACAAAGUGCAGACACAAAAACAAGUAUUACAAAUACCAACAAAGCCGCUCAACUCAAUACCAACCAUCGUAGAACUUUGGCGCCAAUUUCUGUUAAGCCCAGAGUUGCAUUAAAAUUGUUUACGACUUCCAAACCUGAUAACAGGAAGAGCCUUCCUGCUUUUAAAACUAAAGAUGUUAAAAAAUUCUCUCCGAGGCAGGAAACAGUAUUUGAACGGCUAUAUAAACCCAAAACAGUUACCAAACAUGUUGUAGAUGAUGCACAGAGAUUGAGAACAGAUCCUAGCUAUUUGAAAAAAGUUAUUGAAGAAUCACAACUGACUACAGGAAUGAAGCGCCCAAUACCACAAGCCAAACCUAUCAGAAGGUCCAUAUCGGCUGUGCAUUUGAGGAGAAUUAGCAAAAGUGAGCAAGCAAAAUGUAUCCAAAAUUGGGCAUCUGUUGGAGAAAAGCUGGAUAAAGUAAAUGUUAAUGAAAUAGAUGAAGAUGAUUGUAUCAAUUAUGUGAAAGUUGUUUCUGCCGUUAAAAGCGAAAGGAAGAAAGUGAAAUUUAUGACCCCCGUCACAAUGAAGUACAACACCCCUAGUACUGAAGAGUUGCAGUCAAGGUUGCAGAAGUGGUUACAGAAACGAGGCAAAUCGAUGGACUCCUAUCAUCAUCUGCAAUGCUUUGGUAUACGUCACUUGUCUAAGAAACCACUGGAAUUGCCCAGUCUGCCAUUAUUUGAUGAUGAGGAUGAAAAUAAAGAAAAUGUUGCGGUGGAGAUGGACAGUGACAAUCAGUCUUACACAGACAAUUUAAAUCACCAUGAUAAUGACUUCCCCAAAGAAGACAAAGAGGAUUUCGGCAAGGACCAAUGGCGUAGCGCGAGUUUUGUCAGUGAAAGCGUCAGUUUGAAUGAUAUAAAUGAUGUAACAAUGACACCUUCUGUGGACUUCAAUCAUCUGGACGUGUUGCUGCACGGCGCUCUUACUGACCUUACUGAGUUGCUACGUGAGGGAUUCGAGUGGGGCCAAUGCGCCUGCUGGCUGCGCUCCAUCCGCGGCCGGUUCCCCGCGGUGACGCAGACUGCGGCCUACUGGGAGUGCCGCGCCGCGCUGGAGGAGCGCCGCGGCGACCUGCCCGCUUCCAUGCAGUGCUGGGAGGAGGCCAUCGUUAUGGGCACCGAGAGAUCUGUAGUAGAAGAAAACCUGGACCAGCUGCUGGAUAAGUUUAUGCAAUUAAAGAUCAGCCCCAGCAACCGCCACGAGCCCAAGGUUGACCCCAAGAUGGUGGAUGUAAAAAAUGUCUUGAAGAGUACCAUCAUUAGAUUUGCGGUGCAUAAAGCGAAGAUUCGUAAUUCAACAAAUCCUGAGCCGGCCAAGUACACGGUGACUCCGGUACGUCGCAGCGCGCGGUUGAGCAUGCACUACGGCAGUGCGAGGCGCACGCCGCUGCAGGAGUGCUCCACUGUCAGCCAAGCCUCAAAACUGGGACAUCCUGUCGUCUUCGUGCCCAACGACCAGCUCAAUGGAACUCCAUAAAGAACGCGUAACAGUGACAGCGACGGCUCUAGCUUCGGUACAGCGAUAUUGUCUUUUAGUGCCUUUCUCCUACACUUUGUAUAAGCCACAUAAAUCGAAACUUUGUUAUUUUCUUUUGUGGCAGGGCUAUAUUCUUGAAGAACUGAUAAAUGCUACUUUAUACUUGGCGUUUUAACACCUUUUUCCUAGAGCGCUUUUGCUUUACCCUAAAGCCGCCGCUGUAUACUAUGGCACAAGGUGAAACAUAGUUAUUACCCCCUAUAGCAUGCCUAAGAGGU